UGGAUCUGGUGUGGAUCUACGCGAAGAGCGUAAACCAAACUUAAACUAAACUAAAGCUUAAAACACACGUGCGGAAUCGGCAUUAUUUUUCAGAUUUUCUUCGAUUGAGCUAUGGACAGAAACUACAAUUUGACAGAGAGUGGGCCUGUCAGGGCACCGUCAAUGCCUACGAAGUGGAGCUUGAAGGCCUUUAAAGAGAUGUUCGAUAUUAAAAUCGUUUUUAAAGACGACAUGGAGAUGGAGUUUGACGUGAUUGGCGUUGAGCCAUCGUUAGCCAAUGCAUUCCGAAGAAUACUUUUGUCAGAGGUUCCAAGCAUUGCCAUCAAAGAAGUUCACAUGUACAUGAAUACGUCUGUCAUUCAAGACGAGGUCCUUUGUCACCGCAUUGGACUCAUUCCUCUGAAAGCCAACCCUCGCAAUUUUGAAAUGCAGCAAGAAGGCGCUCCUCCUUCAGAGCAUGACACACUUGAAUUUGAACUGAGGAUAAAAUGUACCAAAAAUAACAGUGCUCCAGCAAAGACAACAGAAUUGGCGGAUCUCUACAAAAACCACAUGGUGUACAGCAAAAGCAUCAAAUGGCUUCCAAUGGGGGACCAGGACAAAAUGUUUAGUGCCUCUGAUGUUGGACCUGUUUUUGAUGACAUUUUGAUCGCGAAGAUGCGACCUGGACAAGAGAUUGAGAUGAAAAUGCUGGCAGGAAAGGGGUGCGGAAAAGACCACGCCAAAUACUCCCCUGUCUGCACAGCGUCCUACAGACUCAUGCCCACCAUAGAGCUAACAAGAGAAAUUGACGGCGACGCCGCCUACAGACUGCAAAAGAGUUUCAGCCCUGGAGUGAUUGAUGUUGUGCAGCGAGGAGGAAAGCCUGUUGCGGUGGUGAAAAAUGCAAGGUAUGACAAUGGAAGCAGAAACCACAUGCUGCACUCGGACUUUGCUUCCUUUGUUAAAGUCGGGAGAGUUCCAGAUCAUUAUAUUUUUACCAUUGAGUCUGUUGGCGCUAUAGAACCAGAAGAACUGUUUCUCGAAUCCGUGGACGUUCUUAAGGCAAAAUGCACCAAUUUGUUAGCUGAGCUCAACAAAAAUUCGUAGUUGUGAAAUAAAGCCAGAAAAGUGUUAA